AUGUCCUCUGAAGAAUCACGCUCAAAUGAAACGGCAGAAGCUCGCGCUGCCUUUACAGCCUCUCUAAAGUCAGUCGGAACCAAUCUAGAUGCAGACAUGCGCACUCGAGCAGGAACUCUGCAUGAUAACGCAGCCAUCAUAGAGAAGCAGCAGGAAGAUCUGAAGCAAACGACCCAAGAAGUAUCCAAGCAAAGCAAAGAGCUGGAGAAGCUGCUAGAUCAAGGACAAAAUGGUCUAAAGGAAGUUGGUGAUUUGCAGAAUUUUGCUGAAGUGAUGGAGAGGGAUUUGUUGGUCCUUGAAGAGACUUUGAGAUUGGCAGAAGAGGAGGACCGGAGGGAGGGAAGAGUCGAAAAGCCGGCACAGGGAUUGGAACCCUGGUGGAUGACCUAUUGCAUUGGGUUUAUCGAUUGUUGA